AUGGAUAAAAUAAAAGAAUACGAUAAAGAAAAAGAACAAGAAAAAUGUAAUGUAGUACAAGGUGUUCAAGGUAUUAAAAAAUUAUCAUCAAAAGUAUUAAGUGAUAAACUGAAUAAUUUGGAUGUUAGUAAAGUAUUUGAUAAUAUAGAUGAUCACAUAAAAAAACAUCCAUUUAUAAAUGAUUUAGCAAAAAAGUUUGGUGUUAAACCAUCCUAUAUUAUUGUUCCUUUUUUUUUUUUUUUAUUUAUUUCAUUGAUAUUUGGAUGGGGAGCAGCAUUAAUAUGCAAUGUACUUGGAUUUGCAUAUCCAGGUAUUAUAAAAAAAAUUAAUAGAUUAAAAAGGGAGACGUAUCAAUCUUUUAAAGCUGUGGAGUCUCAAAGUACAGAUGAAACAAAAUUAUGGUUAACAUAUUGGGUUGUUUUUUCUUUGUUUUUUUUUCUUGAAUAUUUAAUUGAUAUAAUUUUAUUUUGGAUCCCUUUUUAUUAUUUAAUAAAAUUACUUUUUCUUUUAUAUUUAUAUAUGCCACAAGUUAGAGGAGCAGAAAUGGUAUAUAAUUUUAUUAUUAGACCAAUUUUAUUAAAACAUGAAAAAACAAUUGAUGACACUGUUCAGAAAAUCAGUCAAACAGCUACUAGCCAUUUAACACAAAUUACAGGAAAUUUAACGGAGAAAUUAGUUCAGGAAGGAAUAAGGAGAAGAAAUGUUAACUAA